AUGAAAAGAAAUUCAUACUUCUGCCGGCCUCUAGACCAUGAUUUGGAAUUUUGGAUAUUCAUUCCCACUACUCAUUAUUUCCACAUACUAAUGUUUUACUAUGAGAAUAAUUCUUACGAUAAAAUUUUUUUACAGUUUGCGUAUAGAUAUGAGAGUUAUUCUUUAGGAACGAAGUUCCUAAACCGUCGACAGAUGAAGUAACAUAAUUAUACAGAUAUUUUCUCGAUAAGAAAAGCUGAUUGACGACAUCUACAAUGAAGGAAACAAAAUCAUCCCGGUAAACAGUUUCGUUGAUUUGAUGAAUUCAAAUAAACACAGGUAAUAAUUUAUUGCAAAGAGAAUAAAGAGAAUAAGAUUAGUCAAAAUCAAUAUGAGCAUGCAUCAAUUUUCGUUACGUUUGUAUACCUUUUUACACGGAUCAACUAACCGAGUUUAAAAAAAU